GGUAUUAAGGUCAAAGUGACAUAAUGCAUCAACGGUGUGGCACAGUGGCACUGGCACCUAGUAAUUAGUUGUUGCUAUGUGGGGACUGGGGAUUAGAAUAAUAAUAUUAAGACGAUUCGGGGCCCAAAAAAGAAUGGAAAGGCAAGGAAAACAAAGAAAUGCAGCAAAUGACAAGCCCAACUGUAUCGAAGAAUCGCAACGGCCUUCGUUCCAUGUUACAAGUGAAUUUGCAGCAGGCAUAUCAUCAUGACAUGAUGAAAAAUAGUAAUGAUGAAUCCUCUAACAGUAACAGCAGUCCCUACUACAAAGGCCUUACCGAUCAAUCCCUUGCCAUCUUUGCACCCUCAUCUCCACCUCAUCAUCAUCAUGAUCAUGCUACCAUUCCUUGCUACCCUAUUACUCCUCUUCCUCUCCCCAGCCUUCAUCCUCACCUCUCAUCAUCCGGAUCUGGGGCGCAGGGGCAAAGUCCGUACUACAAGGGUCUUACCGAUUAUUCCCUUGUUAUUGGUUCUUGGAGCAGCCACAAUCCUACUUCCACCAAUCCAUCAUACCACCCUCAGUCUAGCCCUUACUACAGGGGCCUCACGGAUUUCUCCCUUGUCCUUCACGAUCAUCCUCAGGAGACAGAGAUUGAUCCCAAUGAUGGUGAGGUUGAGGGCGACUUAGUACUGAUCCAAGAAGAUCAUAAGACAGUAUUAACAGAAGAGGUUAAUGCCAAAGGGGUUCUAUUAGUGGAGAUGGAAGUUAUUGAUGCCACCCAUGAAGAAGAGAAGCCAUUGAGGGAGAGAGUGACAGUAACACCGGAUCUGGAUGAUGAUGAUUUACAAGACACAAGGACGAAGGAGGAUAUUUAUCAUCAUCAUCAGGAAAUAACAUCACUACAAGAGGACCCAAAUGCAUACCAAUAUGAAUGGGCAACCAAACACCAGCCCCAAACCUUGGAAGAAUUCAUCUGCAACUCUGAUAAAGCACUCCAACUCCAAGCAUUAGUAAGAGAGGGUUGUGGCUGUAAUCAUUUUAUAUUUGAGGGACCCCCCAACGUAGGAAAGAGAUCCAUGAUCCGGGCUAUGCUUCGCGAGCUAUUCGGCCCUAGACUGCAGGUCAUAGAAGAAUCCAGAGACUUCACCUUGAAGGGAGAAAUGGUUGACAAGCUGCAAGUGCAGAUAAAAAAAUCACUGCAUCAUGUGGAGAUCAAUGUCUCAGAGACAAAGGGGUACGAAAAACACGUAAUUGUGGAUUUAUUCAACAGAACAUAUGCCAAGACGAUAAAUAACUCCCUGCCUUGUAGCCCAGAUAACUGCCAAGCAAUCGUAUUGUAUGAGGCGGAGAAGCUAUCAAUAGAAUCGUUGUUGUAUAUUAAGUGGCAACUAGAAAAGUAUAAAGGAUGUAAUAAGGUGUUCUUUUGUUGUUCCGACGAAUCUAAGUUCCACCUUAUCAAACCACUUUGCACCACUCUCCGCCUUUCACCACCUUCAUCCCAAGAGAUUCUUCGGAUUUUGGAACAUAUCGGAGAGAAAGAAGGCAAACAAUUAUCACGGGGCUUACUCAAUAAGAUUAUUUUCCGGUCAAGAAACAAUCUCCGCCAAGCCAUUCGUUCAUUGGAAGCAACUUGCCGAAAUAAGGAUAUCCUCGGAGAAGAAGAUUUAAUUUUAACAGGAUGGGAAUAUGAUAUUUUGAUUAUUUCCAAAAGUAUGCUGGAAGAGCAAAGUCCAAGACAAUUGUAUCUCAUUCGUAGAAAGCUGCAAAGUCUAAUGAUUCACGACGUUUCCGCUGAGUUCGUUUAUAAGUCCUUGGUAGAACGCUUAACAACUUUAAUUGAUGCCUCACUGCGUUCGGGCGUGGCCAAACUCGACAUGGAGUACAAGAAAGUUAGUAAGAUUGAAUUUGAACCACAGAAGAGACAUAGUCCUGAUCAAAACAAACAAGGGGAAUCCAAUAAUGAAAAACACCGUGAAUCAAGAAAGAGGAAAGCAAUAAUAAACUACUUGAAAGUUGAAGAGUUUAUUGCAAAAUUCAUGAGCUGGUACAAGAAUUCAACUACAGGAAAGUAUUAGGCAAGUCCAAAUGUGGAGUGCGAUCGGUCAUGUCAAAGACAUUUGGUUCUUUGCAAGUGUCUAGGAAUUUACAUUAAAUGGAAAAUAUUAUGGGCCAUCAAAUAGAUAUUUUUGUCGCAUCUUUUAAUUUGUUAUCUAUUAUAUAUAACAAA